AUGGAGACCAUCUCUCGGGAUGCUGGGUGGGAAGGAUCUGUGACCUCUUACCCGACCACGCCCAGAUGGACUAACUCCACCCUCUUCCCCCCGAUCCUAGGCCACGCCAGGCUCAAUGGCACACAUGGAGGGAGCUCGUUUUUUUGGCCCUUUUUUGAGAACAACAGCACGGCCAUCCCUCCCGUGACCCUGGUGAAACCUCGGGUCCGAGACCAGGCUCUGGCCCAGGCAGAGAUAGGGAUUCUGGGGCUGAUUCUAGCUCUCACCACGCUGGGCAACAGCUUGGUUCUGUGGGUUCUGCUGAGGAGACGGAAAUACAACGCACCCAUGCACCUCUUCAUGGUCAACUUGUGCGUGGCUGACCUGGUGGUGGCGUUUUUUCAGGUGCUCCCUCAGCUGGUCUGGGACAUCACGGAGAGAUUCCAAGGCCCCGACGGCCUCUGCCGGACUGUGAAGUACCUGCAGGUCGUGGGCAUGUUCGCCUCCUCCUACAUGAUCGUGGCCAUGACCGUAGAUCGCCAUUAUGCUAUAUGCUGUCCCUUACAGGCUUACCGCGGCGGGACAGUCUCCCGCUGGAAUGCCCCCAUUAUUGUGGCCUGGGUGCUGGCAUUGGUGCUCAGUAUCCCACAGGUGUUCAUUUUCUCCAGGACGGAGAUGGCCCCGGGCGUGUAUGAGUGCUGGGGACACUUUGCGGAGUCAUGGGGGCUGAAGGCUUAUGUCACAUGGAUGACUCUGGCUGUGUUCGUCCUACCUGCUUUCAUUAUAACUGUCUGUCAGGUACGCAUUUUUAGGGAAAUUCACGAUAACAUUUACCUGAAGUCGGAGCGUGUUGUGUCAGCAAACAUCAAAAAGAACAUGGUUCUCUUUCGGUUCCCUAACAUCAAAAAGAACGCUGGGAGAACCAACGAGAGAGCUAGAGGCAUGAAUGGACCAAGAGAGUCAAGAUUACUGGAGCACAAUUACAGAAACCCUAUCCACCCCCACUGCAAUGCCUACAAAUCCAAGAAUGCACCACAAACAGACUGCUGCACUCUCUGUCCGUAUAGAGGCAUGCCCUCAGAGAUAAAGUCAUACCAGUCAUGUCAUCACACCCAAUCUCCUGAUGUCUUACUUCAGAACCACACUCAUGCCAACCAGAAUAACUCAGCCCCAUUCCACAACCUGGGUCAAAGUCAGCUCCAGCCCACUGAGGAAGACUCUGGGUGUUACCAGGAUUCUUUUUGUUACCAUGACAGCAACAGUCCUCUGAGCACCUACCCUGUUAGGGAACAUCCUUAUCCCCACCGAAACCCCUCAUUACCGCCGCUGCCAGGAGUGUCCAGGGCCAUGUCCAAAACCGUUAGGAUGACUCUGGUCAUUGUGCUGGUUUACGUUGUGUGCUGGUCACCUUUCUUCAUCGUGCAGCUGUGGGCAGCAUGGGACCCCAACCCUCCUGAACAAGGAGUAGCCUUCACCAUCCUAAUGCUACUGGCCAGUCUGAACUCCUGUACCAACCCGUGGAUUUACACAGCCUUCUCCAACAGCGUCUCGCGAGAGCUACGCACCCUUGUCUGCUAUCCGUCCCGCUCCAUACGCAGGGGCUCCCUGCCAGAUGACUCCUCCGGCACAAACACAUCCAUCUCCAAGGACAACCACUGCUGA